CCGGCGGGGAGCGAGCGAGCGAGCGGCGGGAGACUAGAAAUACUAUAUUGGGCAUAUGUAACUUGAACCGGCGUGGACCAAUCAGGCAGCGACGGGACCAGUUCCUCCGCCCCACCCCACCAAUGGGCCGAAGGUAGAGGGCUGCCACGCUGCAGGCCUACUCGGUCUCUGGCCUCUCUGAGAGUGACUGUCCCGAGGGGGCCUAUCUGUGGACGUCUGUGACUUCUUGUGGGACCUUGGGGAUCUCUGUACCUGUCCAUCUCCACAGCGGGACGGAUGCCAACACCACAUGGCCCCUUUGUCUCGCUCUUUGGAUGGGAGACGCUGUAAAGUUUCCUGGGAGUUGCAAGGACAUGGAGGUGGGGAAUCUGACGGAGACGUGGUACCAAAGCCUGCAGUCAAUGCUGAAGGCCCUGAACCAAACGCUUCACAGUGCCAUCCUGUGCCCACCAGACCAGGCCACGGGGCGGACAAAUGGCAGUCACGUCAAGCUAGCCAGCAAGGACGACUAUUCCUACAUGUACAUCUUGUUCGUGAUGAUCCUGUUUGCCGCCACCGUGGGGAGUUUGAUUCUGGGGUACACCAAGUCCAGGAAGGUGGACAAGCGGAGCGAUCCCUACCACGUGUACAUUAAGAACAGGGUGUCUAUGAUCUGAGCAGGGCAGGGACACUGUUGCAAGGACAUGCACAGCUACUGGCAUCUGCCUCCGGUAGCAGGAGAAGCCCUUUUCCCUGGUCCAGUCAGACUCUUCUCGGAGGGGCCAACACACGGCUCUGUCUUGCUAAGGGACAGCCACAUUUAGUGGACACAUUUAGUGCAGAGGAGCAGUAGCAGGCGUGAUCUUGCACACAGGCAGAGAGCGCCAGAUCUUAGAGGGCACAGAAUAGUCAUGUGACAGCUCUGGACGCUCGCCAGCAGGCCCGUUCUGGCUCACUCUGCACCAGUUGCGAAGUUCCCGCCAACCUCCUUCUCCUCCAAAGGAGCAUCUCCAUUUACACCACAGGGCCCAGGGAUAGGCUGAUGGAAGGUCUUAAGUGUAUCCCAGAAUCCUUUGCUCCAAUGCAAAGGAGCAUGGGAUGCAUGUGAGUGCUGUAAGUUCUCAGUUAUUGUGAUGUUGGACGCCAUAUGAGAUUGUAGCUAAAUGGAACCGGAGAUCCAGAUGCACAGUGCACACGGCUUAACAGCGAGUGGGCUCCUGGCUCGGGCAGACCAUGACACAGUUUGGGGACUGGGUGGGAGCACAAGUGGAGGGCACCUCUUGUCUCCACCUAGAGUCCAGAACGUUGGUGCUGGGACCCAGCAUCGGUGUGUGGAGAUGCCUCUGUCAACAGAACAGAGAAUGAAUGAUUGGCGGAUGAGCCAAUCGGAUGGUUUAAUUUGUCCCUCCACAUCCUAUCAGCCUCUCGCUAUGCAUGUGCAGCCUGGAAUCUAAUGCGGCUCUGAAUAGGGAGGCCUCCCAUUCUCAGGGCAGCAGCCAGAGAACAAAUCCGGGAGAAGGGAAAAUAUUCUGUGGGACUGAUCUGGAGAGGGGCUGAGCACCACGCAGCUCCCACUGAUCUCUGUCCUGAGGGCCAAGAGGGUCUGUACGCCACCGUGAGCCAAGCUGUCUUCCCUGCAUUGGGUAAACGGUUGUGCAUUUGAAUAAAUCCUUGGCCACGUAGCGCAGACAGUUGGCUACUCAGAACUUCCUGGGGACAGCAGAGAUGGAGCUCAGUUCCUCCUGUUCCAAAAGCACAGGCUUCUACAUUUGUAGCUGAAAGAGACUUGUUAGCAAUAGAGGGCCUGUGAUAUACAGUUGUAGUAGCAGGAUUUUAUGUUUGUAUUUUGUAUAAUUUAAAAUGAAAAAUAAAGAAGAACAAUGUAGCAUGUAUUAAAUGUAUUGGUGUAUGAUUUGACCAUAUCCUGCCAGCCACCCUUUUUGAAUAGCAGAAAAGAAUGGCCUAAGGGGCCAUUUGGUAAAGCUGCAUCAGUUGGAAUCUGUGUCUGGGCUGAUUUCAAGGAAGUAACAGAUGUUUUAAGGUCACCACUUUGUUGUAGGUUUAGCAUUUUUAAAUCAGUAAAAGAAUGCCAUGAGUGUUUU